ACAUCAGUCGCGCGUAUUUGAGCUUUUAUCUGGCGCGCUGCACACGCGGUAUCUGCGGCACAGAGCUGCGCACGAGGCAACCCGCAGUGCGACUGCGUAAUUAUGCAGAGCGACACAAACCGACGCCGCUUUUGUUCUCUACGCGCGAAACAUGUAUUAUGACAGAAUAAGCGUCCUGGUGUUGUACGCGCUCUCCUGGGCUUUAAUCGCGAGCACGAGCUGGACUUUUGAAAGCAAAGUGUCACAGUUGCUUCGGGAUGAGCAGGAGAACCUUAAAUGCUUUUCUGAGACUCUGAGGGAUUUCACCUGUUUCUGGGAAGAGGACAGAAAGAACAGUUUUCUAGGUCCUCAUACAUACACCUUCAUUUAUCAGUACCAGAAUGAGAACAGCAGCAUGUGUGCUGUGUCUGAACUGCCUAUGCAGGGGACUAGUGGGAAAAGACUGUUCUUCUGUAAUAUCCCCAAAACUCAAAGCUUCGUCCCCCUACAGCUGCGUGUGUUUCAGGGGGGAAAAGAACUCUACAAACGCAGCCUCUUCAUUGACCAUGUUGUUCUUCUUGAUCCUCCUGCUAAUCUGACGGUGGUGAGCACUGGAAAACAAGGAGAACUGACUGUGAGCUGGCUGCCUCCUGUAGUGAAGUACAUUCAUGACAGUUUGAUGUAUGAGAUCCGAUAUGUGGCAAAAGGAAUUCCAAUGAGAAAGGAAAUAGUGAAAGCCAGCACCAAAUUCACCCUGCGUGGCCUUCAACCAAGCAGCAAAUACAAGGUGUUGGUCCGUGCGAAACCUGACGGUAUUUCCUAUGAUGGUUACUGGAGUGCUUGGUCAGAUGCCGAGUUUGGGACUACAGCCCCAAGUGAUCCUCUGAUUGUGGUACUGGUUCUCAUCAUUUCUAUGAUCCUCAUCUUGCUGUCUGUCAUUAUCCUUCUGUCCCACCACAAAUUCCUGCUCAAAAAAAUGUGGCCUGACAUUCCUUCACCUGAGCAUAAAUUCCCAGGCCUCUUCACAGUCUACAAUGGAGACUUCCAGGAGUGGCUUGGACACAGUAGUGGCAGCAGAUGGCCAGUUCAUGUGUACACUGAAGAGCUUCCUUCCUCCCUGGAAGUGCUAUCUGAAGUUAGUCUAACACCACCACUGACAAGUCACACAUCUCAUCCAAGGUCUGACACUAUCACUAGAUCAGCUGGCUUCCUGAGAGAAGAACCACAAGCCAUAGAAGAAGCAGGCAACCAGUUAAAGACACAGGAUGUGGACGCUGGUUUGAUUGGAAGAUGGCAAGAACCUCCACACAGCCACUGGUUGAUGGAGCAGCUGAGAAAUUUCCAUGAACAUCCAGAGCUCCUCUCUCAUUCAUCACUACUUGAGUCACAAGACACAUAUGUCACCCUCAACCAGAACUCACCACAUGUCCAGGGAGAUGUGCAAAGGGAUGAUAGCUUUGAGGAGUCAUUACCUCUGCAGGUCCUCUUUGCUAGCAAAGAGUCCUCCUUGAUGGCUGCCUCAGACUCUGAUAUCGGCUCCCUCCCACAAAGUUCUGGGUCAGGAAGGCUUUCAUCACAGUCAAGUCUUGAAUAUCCAAACCACACAUGGCCUACCAAAGGGCCAGGAUAUACUUACAUGGCUGUGGCAGACUCAGGGGUCUCCAUGGACUACAGUCCAGUGAGCUUCAGCAGAAUAACAGACAUGAGUAACGGCACCAUCUAUGCUAAUGCGUACAAAAAUGAUAUUCCUGGGCGCAAGCGACAACUUACUAGUCAACCCAUCAACUUCGGAUAUUGAUCAUUUCCUAAAGAGAAAAACUAUAACAACAUUUCAAAAUCAAUGUUGAAAUAUGCCUGAGAACGUUCUUUAGGAAGUCAUAGAAAAGGUGUGCUCAUGGAGAUUGUAAGGAGUUCAAACCAGGGUCUCUUACUUCUGAAACUUUGACAUUGACAAUGCAACAGUCAUGGAAUAUAAGAAUCACCUGGAGAAAGACAGCCAAAUCUGGAUUAAUAAUAAAUAAGUUAACUUCCUGUUCGGUACAUUUCUUUUCUGGCAGCUGUUAAAGUGUAAAUGUUUGUACAGAACACUAAAUGCUACCUACAGCAUUUAAAUGAUCACCUCUUGUCAAUGUAAAUAGUGUUUAGUUUUCAACUCGUUUAUUUUGUUUUGGAGUUUGUAGGAAUGUAUUUUGUGCUUGUUGGUUAUCCAUAGUAUUAGAAGGGUUUAGCUGUUGUAAAAUAUGUAGAAAAUAUUCCAACUGGCAUUGUCAUCAUAUUUUCAGUUAUGUCAGCAAAUACCAAAAGCGAAGGGUGUUAAACUGUGUAUCUGACUUUCUCCUGAGUCAGUUCAAACAUUUGACGCCAGGUUUUGCAUCUAAAUAGGAUGUCUAAUGUGGGGAUUAUUCACAUACAAAAAUUAUAAAUAAAAGAAAAAAAAGUUUAGAAAAACCAAAUACAAAAUAAACAAAAAGAUAUAUUGUAACUCUGGAAAGUACCAGUCACUUUUUAAAGCCUGUAAAUUUCUUCUAACUAUAGAAACACAAAAUAAAUUUGGGGGGGUAUAUAUAUAGUGAAGUGGCAAAUAACUGAGAAAGAAACCGGACACUAUUUUUAAAUCAUUCAGUUUUUUGGGGGCUUUUUUUGCUAAAGAAUUGCAGAAGAAACUGUCACUUUCACCCAUUAGAGCACAAAAAACAUCCCAAAUCUAUCGUCAAUGCAAUGUAGGUAAUCAAAUUCAUAUAGUUCAUAAAGUAAACAAUAUUGUAAAGUCUCAAAAAAAAAAGUUUUAAUGCUUAACAUCUCAAUAUAAUUCUACAGAUUAAUUACAACCUACUGUAAAUACUACUGUAGCAACCACUGAUCUGACAUGUUUCCCAAUAAACAUUGUACGAUUAAGAAUCAUCAUUUACUACUAAAUCCCUCUCGGGUUUGGGGUUUUGUUGAACAAAUGUUUAAACAUUACAGCAAUGUUGUACUUAAAUUAUUCUUUUUUAUAAUGUUUUACAAUUUCAAUACAUUGAUGUGUAACAGCAUUUAUUACAUGGUAAAUGUGUUUAUAUAAGCUAUUCCAAAUAGAAGCUCUUUGCUAAAAUGUCUUUUUUUUUAAACUGUAACCACUUGUAUAUUUUCAUAUAAAAUAAAGAUUCAAAUGUCCGUAAA